CUAAGAACAAAGAGGUAGCUACAAGGAGGAGAGUCCCUCUCAAACUUCUUCUUAUUCAAUAGCUUUUUUUUAUAUCUUUCACUCUUAUAUAUAUACAUAUCAAACAUAGUAUAAGAGCUGUGUCUUGUAAUGAGGCUCACCAACUUAAACAGUCACGCAAAAGAAACAAAAAGAGAAUGAAUUGUAGAAAAGAAAGCAUAUUGUGAGAAAGAGAAAGGGAAGUGAGUGAGAAAAAAAAAAAAAAUCAGAGCAACUGUCUAUCAAUCACCUCUCCCAAACCCUGCAUAAGUAGGAAUUUUGUGCAUAGCGUACAACCUCAAAGAAGUGAGUGUGAUUAUAGUAAGCAAAGAGUGAUAGAAACAUGGUUUCAGACCAGAUGAUGGAACAGUCUGCUACCUUAGCAGCACCAGGUGCAGCUAGGAGGAAUAGAAAACGAUACAUUGGGGUGCGCCAGAGGCCUUCGGGAAGAUGGGUGGCUGAGAUAAAAGAUACAAUACAGAAGAUAAGAGUAUGGCUGGGAACUUAUGACACUGCUGAGGAGGCUGCAAGAGCUUAUGAUGAAGCGGCUUGCUUGCUUCGUGGAGCCGAUACUCGCACAAAUUUUUAUCCUUGCUCUCCAACUCAUUUAAGGCCAGCUCUUCCCUCAAAGAUCACCAAUCUUCUGUUGCUUAGGCUACAAGCAAGGCACAUUGCCUCUGCCUCAAUGGUGGCGACCUCUUUGCCUUUUAGCCUACAAGAACCGGAAACUGAAGUAAAAGAUUACCACUUUGAUAGUUUCUUCAAUCUGCCAGAAGAUUGCACCACUUUUGAAAAUACUGAUACUCUUACUAAUAGUACUAGUGUUGGUGUAACUAAUAGUGAUAACGUUACAGAGUUUUGAAUCAAGUUCUGUUCGACUGGAAGAGGGUUGGGCGAGAGCAUUGGAUAUGGAUGAUGGAAAGAGUCAAGGUGGAGGGAAGGAAGAAGUAGGAGAAAAAGAAGGUUGUGAUAUGGAGCAUAUAGAUUUUCAGUUUCUGGAUGCAGUGGUAUCUACAUGUUAUUGUUCACCUUUUGAGAUAGCAGAGGAAAUGGUGGAACCAAUGGAGCAAGAAACUUAUGGAAAUGAGCCUUCAUUGCUUGGAGAAACUAUGAAGAGGAUGAAAUAUGAAGAAAGUUCUCAGCUUCUCUUUAUGCUUUCAAUGGGAUUCCAGAGUGCUUAAGGCUGAAGCAAUCAGAGGUGGCAAAUGGACCAGAAAGGUCUGAACAAUUAUCUAACCUUGGAAGUAACUGUAAUUCUGAUGAAGAUAGAAAACAUAGAGAAGGUAUUUUUUGGGAGGUGGUAAAAGAACAGAUUGGCAUCUCACAAACAUCAACAGAAAGAAGUUCUUCCUCUUCUUCUUCUUCCUCAUUUUUGAGCCCAGAAAAUGGUGAACCAUGUCUUUGGAGCACUCUCAAUCUUCCUCCUAUCUGCUCUAUAGCAGACA